CUGCUCUCCUGCGCCAAGGCAGCUUGGAACCGCUUUUUGCUCAGUUCGCCAAUAAAGACGCUGCCACAUGGACAUGCACAGGCUGAUCUUCGAGGUGCAGCAGCGGCCGGCUCUCUGGGACUCGAGGCACCCGGACCACGCCAACCGCCCGGAGACGCAGCGCCUCUGGAACGCGGUGGCGGAGGCCAUCGGAAUCGAUGUUGAGGUUUGUCGCACCAAGUGGAAAAAUCUGCGCUGCAGCUAUCGCCGCAGUAACCGGCGAAGUGGCCUCUUAAAGCACCAGCAGUCGCCCUCGCAGGGUCACCAGUGGUCAUAUGCGGAGGCCAUGAGUUUCCUGGACGGCCAGCGAUUGUUGCGGGAGGAACGUGAUAACAGCAACAACGACGAGGAGGAGGAGAUGGAGAGCGCAGCACUGAAGACUGAAGCCGAGCCCAUGCUGUCGACCUUUAAGAGCGAGCAAGUCUCGGCUGCGGAUGAAAUGGAGGCGGACAACGAUGCGCUGAUGCGCGAAUUCCAGAACGUGUCCACUCCGCAGGCGUUACGCCGGCUCUCCGAGAACAUCUCCUUGGCCAGUGCGGCGGCGGAGGAGCAGGUCCCACCCACUGCCGCCCAGUUGAGUCCGAAUUUGAAUCAGGGAAGUGCCAUUGCGGCCGCCGCAGCCAACAGUUGCCAUUGCUCGAAGAGGGUGGACGAACAGGUCAACUUUCUGGAGAGUCUGGAGCGGGAGGAGCAGCAGCUGAUGCAGUCGACCAGCCAGGAUCUGGCCAGGUGCAAGAGUGUGCUCCAUGUGGGCGACUCCGACUACAACUACCUGAUCAGCUUUCUGCCGCUGAUGAAGCAAAUGACGCCCUACCAGAAUGUCUUCUUCAGGGCCAAAAUGGGGGAGCUACUGCUGCAGACAAUGCAGCAGCCGCCAGUGCAACAGCAGUUGCAGCAGCGGCAGCCGCAGACGCAGCAGCAACUGCAACAGCAACAGCAGCCUGAGCAGCAACAGCAGCCCUCGCAAAUGUUGUUGAACCAACAGCAAAUGGCCUUGGAUCAGGCGCAAGUGAGCACAAGCUCCACAAAUUGGAGCUGAAUCGGGUAUUGGACCGAACACAUGAGAUAUGCAAUGCCCUUAAUGUUAAGUGUUGGAACUGGACAAGAGCGCAAGCCCCACUGUGCGCAUGCCCAGUGCACAGUGGUCCAAGUUCGCUGAGAUUGAGAUUACUUUCGAAUUUCCCACAUUGCACAUAAACAAAAUUAAUAAAAAUUA